GAUAAAUUUCACAACAUCGAUAUCAAGCCGCCACCAGAACUUCACCUCUGACUACAUAGUUUGAUACCAAGAGCCGAUAUUUCAGUGACUUCUGCAAUAUUCAGCACUUCUCGAGAGAACAGCGAUUCCGACACAAUGACGGCGAACGGCGAUAGGUACGGCAACGACCAGGACUCUGGGUCUGACUCCGAGCCUGGCUCUCCAGGUCUCGAGGCACAAAAUGAUUUCGAUGACCAUGUGGAGGAGCUUCCUCUCAAAUCUGCGAUGAAGAAGAGCACACAUAAAGAACCCGCACAAGUCAUAAUACGCCCAACUCUACCUCCGCAAACAGAACCCAAAGACCUCGAUGUCAAGUCUUUGACUCCUCUCACCCCAGAGAUCAUUGCGCGACAGGCAACAAUCAAUAUUGGAACCAUUGGACAUGUGGCGCACGGAAAGUCAACAGUGGUAAAGGCCAUCUCAGGUGUACAGACAGUUCGAUUUAAAAAUGAGUUGGAGCGAAACAUCACAAUCAAGCUUGGUUAUGCCAACGCAAAGAUCUACAAGUGCGAUAAUGAGGAGUGUCCAAGACCAGGAUGUUUUAGGAGCUACAAGAGUGAGAAGGAGGUCGACCCACCGUGUGAGCGCGAUGGAUGCUCUGGUACCUAUAGACUGCUCAGACAUGUCUCCUUCGUUGAUUGCCCCGGUCACGACAUUCUCAUGAGCACUAUGUUGUCAGGUGCUGCAGUCAUGGACGCUGCCCUGCUCCUCAUCGCCGGUAACGAAACCUGCCCACAACCACAAACCUCAGAGCAUCUUGCAGCUAUCGAGAUCAUGAAACUGGACAAGAUCAUCAUUCUCCAGAAUAAGGUCGAUUUGAUGAGGGAAGAAGGUGCCAGCGCUCACUACGCAGACAUUCUAAAGUUCAUUCGAGGAACUGUUGCUGGAGGCGCGCCAAUCAUUCCGAUUUCUGCCCAAUUGAAGUUCAAUAUCGAUGCCGUUAAUGAAGCGAUUGUCAAUACUAUUCCUGUGCCACCAAGAGAUUUCACGAUGGAUCCCCAAAUGAUCGUUAUUCGAUCAUUCGACGUUAACAAACCAGGUGCUGAGAUUGAGGAGUUGAAGGGAGGUGUAGCUGGUGGCAGUAUCUUGCACGGGGUGGUGAAGCUUGGGGACGAGAUUGAGAUUCGACCUGGUAUUGUCACGAGAGAUGAGAAGGGAGCAAUCAAGUGCACACCAAUUUUCAGCAGAAUCGUCACACUGAACUCGGAAAACAACGAGCUCAAGUACGCUGUUCCUGGAGGACUGAUCGGUGUUGGAACCAGAAUUGAUCCUACACUAUGCCGUGCUGAUCGUUUGGUCGGUUUCGUCUUGGGGCUGAAGGGUCGUCUGCCUGAUAUCUACAUCGAAAUCGAGGUCAACUACUACCUUCUUCGACGAUUGUUGGGUGUUAAGACUGCGGACGGAAAGCAAGCCAAGGUUGCUAAGUUGGCGAAGAACGAAGUUUUGAUGGUGAAUAUUGGGUCGACAGCUACUGGAGCUAAGGUUGUUGCCGUGAAGCAAGAUGCCGCGAAAUUGAUCCUUACCAGUCCGGCUUGCACGAACGUUGGAGAGAAGGUUGCGCUCAGUCGACGUAUCGAGAAGCAUUGGCGACUAAUAGGUUGGGCUACGAUUGCCAAUGGUGUUACGCUGGAUCCUAGCACUUCAUAGAUGGAUGUAUGUUCGUUGUUUAUGGUCUGCAUAUGGGGAGUUGAUAGAAUUGGGCGAAAAAGUUAAGCUCAAUUGGUUGGCACUUACUUGACAUAAAUCAAGAUCUGCACAGCAUGGUUGUCCUUUAUGUAUGAGAGAAAAUGUGAAGAUUUCAUCAAAGUUCGGCGUUCAUGAUAUUGGCUGCUGUGGAUAUGACUAAAUUAAUUGGCUGGAUGCCUUGGUGAUUAAAUACGGCUAGUUUCGUCUUCGACUUCUGAAGAUCUGAUUGCUAGAGACUCAGAGAGGUACUUAAGUUAAGAAUU